CAAGGGCACUAACAACAAUGACGAGGAGCCUUCCACUGGCUCUGAGGGUCCCUCCGACGCCUGUAUCUACCAGGAGUCUGACGUCUCCGUCUGCUAGACCACGCUCGCCUACUCACAAGACAGCCGCGGAUUGGAAUGUAUAAGGGAUUAGAGAGAUGGAAUGAUCGAAAACACACACGAGUUCUCCUGCUAGUAUCUCAGGCUGGCUCCUGGGUUACUAUAGCAGUUUCUGGAUUCUGGCUUUUGGCAAGAUAUUUAUUGUGGGAAGAUAACUUAGGUAGUCUUUUCCUGCAAUCCAAGAUAUUAUUUGUGAAUAGAAGUACUGUCACGGAGAUGCGUCAUCUAUCUGACUCUCUUUGCGGACUGUCUCGAUUUGGAAAUAAUUAUGCCUUUGUACAGCUUCUUGUCGCGCUAUAGUGUCAUAAGAGGGGAUUGGGAAUGGCACUUACUAAGCCCCGCCCGUAUGAUCCCAUUGUGCUCUCCGUAUGUUACAGCACAUAUGUCUGCAGCUGCUUUGGCGCACAGUGUUAUC